AUGGCCGCCAGGCUCCUGCUGACCGCGUGGCUUGUAUUCCUGGUCGGACGCACAGCCACAACGGAAGGAUUUUCAGAAUCUGAUGUAGGAACCGGGUGGCAACAAACUGACGGCAGGCUGAAGUUCGUGUCGGUUGGUCCAUCAGGUGUUUGGGGAGUGAACAGUGGCGACCAGAUCUUCUAUAGAACUGGGACUUACAUGAACGAAGCCUCUCGGGGUACGGGUUGGGUACUCAUCGAAGGUGGACUAAAACAGAUCUCAUCCGGAAACAACAUUGUGUGGGGAGUCAACAGCAGAGAUGAUAUCUAUAUCCGAUUUGGAAUAAGUCCGAGUUCUCCUCAAGGAACUGGCUGGCGCAAGAUUCCAGGAGGGCUGAAGCAGGUGUGUGUCAGCGCAACCAGCAAUCAGGUGUGGGGCGUGAACUCCGCGGAUCAGAUUUAUCGGCGAACUGGAAUCACAGCAAGUAAUCCAGCAGGAAAAAGUUGGCAGAAAAUCUAUGGGGGACUGAAAUUCGUGUCGGUUGGACGAGCCGGCAUUUGGGGCGUGAACAGAGUCGACCAUAUCUACUACCGCACGGGAACGUCUGGUAAUGAGGCUUCGCCUGGAACUGGAUGGACAUACGUCAGCGGCGAGCUGAAGCAAAUAUCAUCAGGAAAUGGCCAAGUCUGGGGUGUCAGCAGGAACGACCAGAUCUACGUACGGCGCGGUUUAAGUGCUGGGACACCUCAAGGUAGUACCUGGCAGCAACUAGAUGGCGGUCUGAAAGAAGUUUACAUCAGCUCCAGCAGCAACCAAGUAUGGGGUGUGAACGCAGCCGACAGCAUCUAUCGACGUAUCGAACAAAUCACGGAUCAAGCUGACACUACGUAUACAGACCCAAACAUUGCAUCAGGAAGACCUGCGCUCCAGUCUAGCGUUGCCUCGGGAGGAUCUCCCGGUCGAGCUGUCGACGGAAACAGAAGCCCCGAAUGGAGACACAAGUCCUGCACAGCUACAACCAACGAAAACGACCCAUGGUGGUAUGUCGAUUUGGGAUAUGCGGUCACUGUCGACCACGUCGCCAUCGUCAACCGUCGGUACUUCCGAUCUGGAAGGAUCACGCCCCUCGAUGUCCACAUUGGGGACAGCACUGACGUGGCUACCAACCCGAGGUGUGGCGGGCAUCACCGUUUCCCUCCUGAAUUGACCGAGCUUGUUAUCGGUUGCAGCGGGAUGAGGGGCAGGUACGUGGGCAUUAGGCUGCAGGGGAAGAAGCGAGUCCUGGCGCUGUGCGAAGUGGAGGUUUACGCAGCUCCAAACAUAGCAUUGGGAAAACCGACUGUCCAGGUGGAUGUCGCACAUUACGGGGUUGCCAACCGAGCGACUGACGGCUGUAGGGACCCCAACUAUGGACAACAUUGCUGCACCCAAACUCCGGCACUGACCGACCCGUGGCUGCAAGUGGACCUCGGUACUCAAGUCAGCGUCCAGUGGGUGGUCAUCAUCAACCGCGCGGACUGUUGCAGAGGGCGACUCAACCCCUUCACCAUCCACAUCGGAAACGACGCACGCGUAGACCGCAACCCACGCUGCGGCGGCCACCACACCAUCCCCGCUGGUAAGAACAAGGAUGCCAUCAACUGUAACAGACUGAGGGGACGAUAUGUGGGGAUCCAACUGCCUGGUCGCGGCCGGGUGCUGACUGUUUGCGAAGUCGAAGUCUAUGCAGGUACGGUGACGCGGAAGAGGACGUCUAAAGUGCUUGGUACCUCUGAAGUGCGAGGUACCUCUGAAGUGCGAGGUACCUCUGAAGUGCGAGGUACCGAGGGCCAAGGCUGUGGGGAACAUAAGGAGGGAGACAGCUGGGUGUCUAAAGUGAAGGGACACAACUGCGUCUGUGACGAGAAUGAAGAAUCGUGCUACCCGGUGACCUGUGGAGAGAACGGGGAACUGGAUCCCAUCGAGGAUCAGGACAAGAUGUGGACCUGUCAGGAGCAGGACGAGGACGACGAGGAACCCGAAAUGUCAGCGGCCGACCGCGGACUUGAAGACCACGAAGUCGACAACGACCUACCGCGACUGGCCGAGGAAGCCCGUGGCCUUAUGGAGCUGCUGCUCGAGAAGCAGGAAGAGAACGCCCUGCGCCGCCGUGAGUUCGGAGAACACGGCGUGGACUGGGACGGGGAACGUGAGCUGUCCGAGGAGUAUGAGGAGGACAUGACUAAAACCAAGGAGUAGUUCC